GCGCAGGCGCGCCGGAAGUCCCAGCAGGCGCGUGCGCGGAAGGAACCCAGGUGAAGUUGAGGCAGUGCGAGAGGGUCGUGGCGCCAUGCUGUCCCCCGAGGCGGAGCGGGUGCUGCAGUACCUGGUGGAAGUGGAGGAGCUGGCAGAGGCGGUGCUGACUGACAAGCAGCAGAUUGUGGACUUGGACACCAAGAGAAAUCGGAACCGAGAGGGCCUCAGGGCCCUACAGAAGGACCUGAGUAGCUCUGAUGUGAUGGUUUGCUUUGGGAACAUGUUCAUCAAAAUGCCUCACCCUAAGACAAAGGAAAUGAUCCAGAGAGAUCAGGAACACCUGGAUAAAGAAAUAGAGAUGCUCCGGAGAGAACUUAAAGUGAAAGUUAACCGCCUCUUUGAAGCCCAAGGAAAACCAGAGCUGAAGGGUUUUAACCUGAACCCCCUCAACCAGGAUGAGCUUAAAGCCCUCAAGGUCAUCUUGAAAGGAUGAAACUCACAGCAGGAAGGGGGACCUAUGACUAGGACCCUCCAGCCUUAAGAUCUGCAAGGACAGGAUUGUCUGUUUAAAGGGACAGACAUCAGGAAUGUGGCUUCUGUACAAUAUCUUUUUCUGUAGUGCUUGGCUGCUUUGUGACAAGAGAGAACCCUUAGUCUAUUCUGUGUGCUUGGCCUGGCCACCCAAGCUUGGACACAAGACCUAUUGACAGACCCUGGCAGCCAUCAGUAGGUGUGUGGGGGUGUGAGAAUGGCUACAGCCAACAGUUCUCAACAGUAGCCUGCUGUUCAGAAGGGCCUGGUCAGGGAUGGAGGGGAGAGGGCGGGCCGGGAGCAUCAUUCCAGCCUUCUGUAUGGCGAGGCGUUUUCAGGCAUUGUAUGUGACAGUUGGAAUAAAACAGGAGACAGUUCACUUCUGUAUGAAGCAAACUUACUGUUCCUUACCAGCUGCGGGGUAGACUCCCCACUGCCUCCAGUUCUGUCCUUUUUCCUGCUGGUGUUCUGUGAUAGGUGCUGCCAGUCACCCUCUGGCUGCUCUUGAGAUAGGAGACCCUACAGAGCACUGGCCCAAGGCCAGCAAGCAGGAGCCUUCAUAAUGUGACAUGGAGCAGCCUCCUGACUUCUGGCCUGAGAUCAUAGCGUGCAUGUGGCGUGGCGUGAGAGCAAAACUGGCCUCUGUUCCCUGAGGCUCAAUAAACACUAACUGAACAAAC